AUGGCGUGUUUGGGCGGCAUUCGAGUGAACGUCGUAGAGGCGCGAGGUAUCCUGGCGGCCGACAUGGGCGGCACCAGUGACCCAUACGUGACCAUCACUCUGCUGGACUCCAAAGGCGCUGUGAUGCCCGCGGGUGGCACCUUCAAGACGAACGUCAUCAAGAAAACGUUGAGUCCGCGCUGGGACGAAACGUUCGUGGUGGCCGACAAGCUCGAUCUACGCGUCGUGUCGACGCUGCGACUGCUGCUGCGCGACUCGGACAAUGGUUUCUUGAGCGACGCCGUGCUGGGUGUCGUAGACAUCCCGGCGUCGCUGCUAAUUGAGCUCAAGGAGCCGCUGGACAACUGGUUCCAGCUCACCAAGCACGAAAAAAUGAAGAAGGACUCCAAGGGCGAACUCCGCGUUGUACUGGAGCGACUCGUGCCCGAGGAGUCCAUGGCUGGCAGAGGCACGGGUGUGAACAUCAACCCGAUGCUGGAGACGAAACCUUCGGCCGCGAGCAACGAGCCGCCCAAUCUGCUCUUCGUGACGCUGAAGUCGGGCAAAAACCUGCUGGGGAUGGACAAUAACGGCGCCACGAGUGACCCCAUUGUGUUUUUCACGUUUAACGGCCAGAAGCACGAGUCCACGAAGAAGGAGAAGACUCUCAAGCCUCAGUGGAACGAAAAGUUUGGCUUCUUCGCGCCCGAUGUGAAGAACAAUUUGUCCAUUCUAGUGGAAGAUUACGACGUUACGAUCAACGAUUUUAUGGGCAAAGCUGACGUGUCAUUAUGGGACCUCAAGCCAAAUGUGGAGAAGAAUAUCACAGUGGAACUUGGCGGGAAAAAGGGUAAGAAGGACAAACAGGAGCGAGGAUAUCUCCUGCUCACGCUGCUGUGGACGUACGACAAGGACGCUCGGGAUAUCGCAGCCAAGAAGAAGAAGUCGACCUUCUUACCGAGCUUUGGUGUGCCCGAUCAAGACUACGACUCGGACGACGACGAUGGCGUGGAGAUUGACGACAGUGCUGCCAAUAAAAAGUCCGAGGAAGAGCUGAAGAAGGAGCGGGAAGAAAAAGCUGAGAAGCAGGCAGCUCUAAUGUCCGAGCUGAGCAGCUUUGAGAUCAAAUCUGGCGACUACAACGUGCAGGUUCACGUCAUCGAAGCUCGCGAUCUGGUGCCCAAGGAUUCCACGGGAACGUCAGACCCCGUCGUGUAUGUGGAGGUGUUUGGAGAGAAACAGCAGACAGCAGUGAAGAAGCAAGUGCUCAGUUGUUUCUGGGACGAUCUACUGAUCUUCCCGUUCCGGAACUUGGACAAGUCUGAAGUCGAGAUGGGUUACGUCCGCUUGAGCGUCAUGGACGCCAACACCUUUCAACGUGCAGAACUGAUCGGCGCAGCGCAAUUCGAUGUGUCGUACAUUUACUCCCAGGCGAACCAUCAGCUGGCGAACGUCUGGAUCGGUCUAACGGACAUCACAAACACCACAAACCAAGGCAUUCAGGGAUACCUGCGAGCUUCCAUCUCUAUCAUCGGCCCUGGAGACAAACUCGUGCCUCCUCCGUCUCCAUUUGGCGAGGGAGCCUCCUCAGACAUGAACAACGUCAUCAUGCCGCCUAGUGUCACGCAACAUGUGCGUUUCUUAGGCGCAGUGAUCCAUGUGGCUGAGCAUUUGCCUCCCAUGGACGUUGCUGUGGUCGGGCGAGGUGGUUUGGAUGCUUAUGUGAAGGGAUCCAUUGCUGGCGGAGACGCGAUUCGCACCCGUGUGCGCACUAAGAAAGGGCGACGAGACGAGCUCUGCCCGAGUUUUAACGAAGAACUGAUGCUGGUUAUCCGUGAGCCGUCGAUGGCUGACUCCAUCCAAUUGGCUGUAUACGAUUGGGAUCAGGUCGGAUCGGACGAGUUGGUGGGCUACGUGUACCAGAGCGUGAAGCCGGUGAAGGCGAUGGGUGGGAAGAUUGGACCUUUCUGGGCCAACAUCUACGGAGCACCGCUACGUCUCAAGUCUGUUGGCAUUGGUGACUCCAUGAAGAAGCAGAUGAAUACGUAUCCAGAUAUUGCGAGCACGUACCGAGGUCAGCUGCUCCUCACGUUGCGCGUGUUGGACAACGAUGACGACAAGUUCGAUGAAACAAACCAGAAGCGCAAUACGAAGCGCAUUCCUCGAGAUCUGUACCCACGCGAGCGCAUCUAUCGCCUACGAGCCCAUUUCGUAUGGGGCAGCCAGAUUCCAUCGUUCAUGAGCUCCAAACGUCCUGGACAGAAGGCCAAGAUGCAGUUGGUCAUGUCGUGUGGCCUUAAUGAGAUUGCAUCGUCUCGAAAUCGUAACGUGAACGGGACAGUGGAGUGGAACAACAUGGAAGAGAGCGACAAGAUGCUGCUGCCCGAAGAUCUCUCUCAAGUACCAGAUAUCUUCUUGUAUUUGUGCAGAGGAGAGGGAGAUACCCGAAAGGCGGUGUGCUUCCGUCGCUUUACUGCCAAGGAGCUCUUCGAUGGACACCAAGCCAUCGACGCUUUAGAGGACGAAACAUUCCCUGGUAAUGUGCUGGUUCGUAUGGGCUUUGGAACUGAAGAGAUGGCGAUGCAGACGGCUUGGGAUCGCUCCGACUUGGACGCAGUGAACAAGCGCAUUCCGUACCAGCUUCGUGUGCACAUCUAUCAGGGUCGACGGUUGCCUCCUGCUGACUCGAAUGGCCUGUUGGAUCCAUUCCUUGUCGUUCGAUGCAUGGGCGAGGAGAAGUUGACAUCGAAGAAGAAGAAGACGAGAGAUCCAUUGUGGUACGAGACGCUGCACUUUGACGUGAACCUACCAGAGCUCAAGUACGCGCCUCAAGUGAUGCUGCGUGUCAUGGACUACGAUGACUUCGACACCAACGACUUUGUGGGUCUAGCAGCGCUCAAUCUCUCCGAUGCGGUGAUUCGGUCAUCGGAUCAAGUGGCGGGCGAGCACCAGCCGUCUCUCCCAGACCCGCAAUGGCAUCGCAUCAUGUUCCAGGAACCUGGAGACUGUGAAGGUGAAAUUUUGGCCUCGUUGGAGCUGAUUCGCAAGCAAUUCCCGGACGAAACAGUGAGACGAGCACCUUCCAUCGUUCCGAGAAACCGGAAAGCGUUCUUGGAGAUCACAGUCUUGGGUCUGCGCAACAUGGAGCCGUACCAGUUCUUGCCCAUUCAACUGCCAUUCGUUGAGUUUGUUCUCGGUGGCAAGGACCACGCAGCACAGGAAAUGAUCACGGAGAAGUCCAAGCGUCCGACCGGCAGCAACCCCAACUUCCUGCAGCGUAUCGUCAAAGAGGUCGAGCUGCCGGAGAACGCGCACUUUGCGCCUCGACUGAACAUCAUCGUGAAGGACACACGUCUCGGGGGCUUCCAGACGCCCAUUGUGGGCUCAGCUUCGAUUGAAAUGAGCUCCAAGAUCCCGUGGUCCAAGCAUUACCGUCCGCCUCAGAACGACACGAUGGCCGAGAUUGAGCUCGAGUCUGCAGACGAAUGGGGAGACGAUGCGCCACUCCUGGGGAAGGUGACCAAGCCUGACGACUCGCCAGGACUCGAGUCAGUCGAUAAUGGCGCUGGCGUGUUUGGUGCGUUGAAGAGUAUGGGGGUGGACUUUGACCCCAAUGGAGCCUUUGAGGAAGCGUCGUCUCGUCGGUCGACUCUAGCGGGGGAAGAGGACGAUCCGAACUCGAAGAAAUACCUGAAACACCGCGAAUUACUGGAUGGAGAUCUGGAAUCGGAGCUUAAGACAACCCCAUUCGAGAAGUAUGGCCUGCAUAUUGGUCAGAAGAAGAAGAAAUCGUCUCUUCUGGCUGCGAUUAACCCGUUCGCGAAGAAAUCUCGCGGCGUUGGAGACGAUACUGGCAUGUACAAGAUGGCUGGAUACUUCAAGGGUUUGAUCCGAGUCAUUGAGCGAGAAGACGAGAAGCCGCUGUUCGACUUUGAUACGCUGCUGCAGACACUUCCCUACGAGGUGCGUGUCUACGUGUUGGACGGCGUUGGCUUCGCUCCGAUGGAUCUGGGCUUGAAUGGCCGUCCAGGGAAGUCGGAUCCGUAUCUGCGCUUAAAACUGGGCGACAAGAAGAUCAGCGACCGCAAGAAUUACAUCGAAGACACAACGGACCCAGACUUCUACAAGAUGUUCAUGAUAAAUGCGAAGCUCCCGGGCGCCAGCAUUUUAACUAUUGAAGCCAUGGACCACGAUCUCAUUGGCGGCGACGACUUGAUCGGCAAGACCACGAUUGAUCUGGAAGACCGACUGUUCGACAGGCGAUGGCAGGCGAUGGGGAAGAUGUACGAGACGUCCAGUCGACUGCGUUUGAAGCCACUGGAGACGCGAACACUCAACAUCCCGACGUCGCGAGCUCCGAUGGGCACAGUCAAGCUGUGGGUUGACAUUUUGAGUCCUGCGCAAGCCCACGACUACCCUGCGAUCGAUAUCUCGUUGCCCCCACCUGUCGAUAUGGAGCUCCGUGUGGUGGUGUGGAAGGCGCGUAAUGUGCCGUCGUUUGACACUCUGGAAGACAUGAACGAUCUAUUUUUCCGCUGCUGGAUGGAGGGAUCGGAGUACCAGGAAACAGACAUCCAUUGGCGAGCGAAGAAGGGCAAGGGAUCGUUUAACUGGCGUAUGAAGUUCCCGAUCACUUUGGGACAUAAGCAAACCAACACCAAGAUCCCGUACUUCCACAUCCAGGGCUGGGACAAGGACGUGCUGUCUGCUAACGAUGCGAUCGGAGAGCACACACUGGACCUAGGACCGUUCUUCCGUCGUGCUUAUAAGCUCAAGUCGACUGUCCAAGUGUACGAGGACGACGAGGAGACGAGGAAGAAGAAGAAGAAGGCGUCGUCCGAUGAUGAUGCGGCCGUCAAGAAGAUCCGAGAGGCGACGGGCCUUUGGGACGACGACGACCCGGCCGAUUCCAAGUGGCUGAAGCUCGAAAGUCUCGACCACAAGACCAACACUCGCAACUUCAUGGGUGAAGUGUGUGUCUCACUCGAGUUGGUGCCAGCAGAGAACGCCAAGAAGAAUCCUGUGGGUCAAGGCCGGUCUUCGCCCAAUAACUCGCCGUAUUUGCCUCCUCCGGCAGGACGUCUGUCCUUCUCCCUCAACCCGUUCAAGGUGCUCAACGACCUGCUGGGGCCUUCCAUCUGCCACCGACUCACGUGCUGCUUCUGCUGCAUCCUGUUCAUGGUGGUCAUCUACUUCUUGGCGCCAUUCAUCAACGUGGCGAUCAUUACACUCAAAGGGUAA